AUGUCCGUCAAGUUGCGAGUCGGAGUCAUAGGUGGUGGCGCUGCGGGCAUCAUCACGGCCAAGUGUCUACGCGAAGUGGGGCACGAAGUGAUUGUGUUUGAGAAAUCCGGUCAUGUGGGGGGAUUGUGGAAGUACAGCGAGAAAGUGUCGCCUGUGAUAUACAAGUCGCUGCGUACGAACCUACCGACAGCGAUCAUGCAGCUCCAGGAGUUCCCGUUCCGAAAAGGGCUGCCUAGCUUCCCGUCCCAUGAAGACGUACUCACGUAUCUUCGAGACUACUCCAAGCACUACAAAGUGGACGAUGUGAUACGUUUCCACUCGACAGUAACGAGUCUGUCAAAAGCGGCCGGACAGUGGACAGUUGGCUUGACGUCAGAGAUGGAACGAGACUACGAAGAAACGUUUGAUCGCGUAGUGGUUUGCAACGGCCACUUCUCCACGCCCAGGAUGGCGACAAUCAAGGGGAUGGAACAUUUCAAGGGUGUUGUGUCCCAUUCGCGAUCAUACCGUACGCCCGAGCUAUACAAGGGCAAGCGUGUGGUGGUGAUUGGACGAGGACCAUCGGGCCAAGACAUUUCCCUCGAGCUGGUUGAGAACGGUGCUGCGGAAGUUAUCGUAGCGGCUUCGGACUACGAUCCAAGUGCCAUAGACAACCGUGAGCGGCGUGUGCUGAAACCCCUUAUUGAGCGCAUCGCCAAAGAUGGCUCGGUGGUGUUCACAGAUGGGUCUUCGAUUGCCUCGCCUGAUGAGAUCAUGCACUGCACUGGAUACUUGUACACAGCAAAUGAGCUGUUUCCAUCAGAGCUACUGUUCCCUGAGGCAUUCGUCAAGUCGGAUGAUGUGAACAAUGAGAUGACGGCUGACCUGCUUGCUUGCACGGCAAAUGGAACAGCCGUGGCACCCGUUUAUAAGCAGGUGUUUGCCAUUGAGGACCCCACUGCCGCCUUUGUUGGGCUCCCAGUCAAAAACCUGCCAUUCCUCUGUUUUCGGCUUCAAGCUCGCUGGAUUGCGCGUGUGUUUGAAGGCUCAAAGGCUCUUCCGUCAAAAGAUGACAUGUACGAAGAGUUCUAUGCCUGCCUGGAAACACUGGAAGGAGAUGCAAGGAAGUUACACCAGUUGGGAUCUCGCCAAAAGGACUAUUUCACUGAGCUAGCUGCUCUGGCGGACGUGGUGGUGGGAGAAGAGAUCCACGAGAUGUAUAGCGACGCUUCUUCCUUACGACAGCACUUCCCGUACAGCUACCGUUCUGCCGAAUACGUGCAGGACCCAGCCACAGGGAAGUGGGUCCGCCGUUUCAAGCUGAACGACUCGUCCCCAGAACUUGUGGCGGAAUUCUCGGGCUGA